AUGACUGGGUCGCCCCGCUCGCUACUGUGCCUCUGCCUCGGCUGGAGCUGCCUGUGCCUGGCGCUGGGGGACCUGCUGCGAGCGCACCUCGUGGGGCUCCGGAGGAAGGCUGCCCUGGGAGGAGUCACGGGCGGCCGAGCCCGGGCGGCAGGUGACCCUGGCCCCGCACCGCAGCAGCUGCCGCCGGGCGACAAGGUCUCGGAACACAUGCUCCGGCUCUAUGACAAGUACAGCGGCGCCCGGCGCCAGGAGCUCCCCGGCCUCCACCCGCUGCACCUCCGGGAGGGCAACACGGUCCGCAGCUUCCGAGCCCUGCCAGCGGGGAGCCCAGGAAGCAAAGAGCCACAUGUUUUUAAUCUGACCUCCCUAACCAAGUCUGAAAAUAUCUUGUCGGCGUCAUUGCAUUAUUACAUUGGGGACCUACUAAAUGCUACCUGGAGUUGUCCCCGAUCCGGAGGCUGCUCUCGUCAUGGACACAGGAAACCUGAAAUUCAAAUAGAUCUCUCGGUGUUGAGCUUUCCUUCUGAUGGGAACCAAACUCGAACCCUGGGACGUUUUCUAAUAAAUGUUUCCAUGGCUUAUCGGGAUGUCCUUUCCUGGCAGUGGAAGGACAUUACUCAUGUCCUGAGUGAGGCAAAGCAGAAUGAUGAACUUCUGAUUGGUGUGAAAAUGGCCUUGACUGGCCGCUAUUCCUGGAGGAGGAUUCCGUCCUGCUAUGAACCUUACAUCCUGGUGUACGCCAAUGACUCUGCUAUUUCAGAACCAGAGAGUGUUGUUUCUAGCUUGCAAGGACACCGUAAUUCCCUGGUUGAGGGUUUCCCCAGACCGGAAGGCCACUCAAAGAGCAGCCUUGGUGAACAGCGACGGAAACGUUCCACCAACAUCCUGUUGCCCUUGCAGAACAACGAGCUCCCAGGUGCCGAGUACCAGUACAAUGAGGAUGAGGGGUGGGAAGACAGGAAACCCUACAAAACCCUCCAGCCGCGGCUGGCAGAGAGGACAAAGGGUAAGAAAAAGCAGAGAAAGAACAACCACCAGAAGAGCCAAACGCUCCAGUUUGAUGAGCAAACCUUGAAGAAGGCAAGAAGGAAGCAAUGGAACGAACCAAGAUACUGUGCACGGCGCUAUCUCAAAGUGGAUUUUGCAGACAUUGGCUGGAGCGAAUGGAUUAUUUCCCCUAAAUCCUUUGAUGCAUAUUACUGCUCAGGUGAAUGCCAAUUCCCCAUUCCAAAGGUCUUGAAGCCAUCGAACCAUGCCACCAUCCAGAGCAUAGUGAGAGCAGUUGGGGUCAUCCCUGGUAUUCCUGAGCCUUGCUGCGUCCCUGACAAAAUGUCUUCUCUCAGCAUCCUAUUCUUUGAUGAAAAUAAGAACGUGGUGCUUAAGGUCUACCCCAACAUGACAGUGGAGUCCUGUGCAUGCAGAUAA